AGAGCAUUGCCAGCAGCAGUUGGGUAAUCAUCAUAUCGCAGAUAUUAAAGACUUUUCGGCGAUAUCUCAGGCAUUGGUCACUAGUACUGGCUGGCGGCAGAAUUGUACAUAGCGGAAGGAGGCGGAUAAGCUGUAAAUCCGGAAAAUCGGGCCGAACUAACAUCACAUGAUCGCCUGUGACGCUUACAACGGGUUAGACAUCCUCGAUAUUUCUUUCUCCCCAACCAUCAUGACGACCUCUCUCGAUUAUUUGAAGCAGACCGGUACUGUCGUCGUCUCUGACUCUGGCGACUUCGAAUCCAUCGAUGUCUACAAGCCGCAGGACGCGACGACCAACCCAUCACUGAUCCUGGCUGCCGCCCACAAGGCCAGAUAUGCUCGUCUCAUUGACGCUGCUGUCGCCUUUGGAAAGUCUAAGGGUGGUGAUAUCAACACCCAAGCCAAUGCUGCCAUGGACAGGCUUCUCGUCGAAUUCGGCAAGGAGAUUCUCGCUAUCAUCCCGGGCCGGGUUUCCACCGAGGUUGACGCCCGACUUUCCUUUGACAAGGAGGCAACAAAGGCCAAGGCUAGGGAACUCAUUGCCCUGUACGAUUCAGUCGGUGUCAAGAAGGACCGUGUCCUCAUCAAAAUUGCCUCGACGUGGGAGGGCAUCCAAGCUGCCCGGGAACUCGAGCGAGACGACGGCAUUCACUGUAACCUAACCCUCCUCUUCGGAUUUGGUCAAGCCGUUGCUUGUGCCGAGGCCGGUGUCACGUUGAUCUCUCCUUUCGUCGGCCGCAUCCUGGAUUGGUACAAGAAGUCUACUGGAAAGACCUAUGAGGCCGAUGAAGACCCUGGUGUUAUUUCUGUCAAGAAGAUCUUCAACUAUUAUAAGCAAUAUGACUACAAAACCAUCGUUAUGGGGGCGUCGUUCCGUAACACCGGGGAGAUUAAAGCGUUGGCCGGUGUCGACUUCUUGACCAUCUCGCCUUCCCUUCUCGAAGAACUGAAAGAGUCAAAGGAGCCUGUCCCCAAAAAGCUCGAUGCGGUUAUCGCUGCCCAAGCCAAAGAGCUUCCAAAGGUCACUUUCAUCGACAACGAGCCUGAGUUCCGUUGGGCACUUCUCCAAGACCAAAUGGCGUUCGACAAGUUGCACGAAGGUAUCAAGAAGUUUGCUGAGGACGGCGAGACGCUCAAGGCGUUGCUCAAGACUAAGCUUUCCGCUUAAAUGGUAACGUUGGGAAAGAAAUUUAUAAACGAUUGUACAGUGUUGUCUGUGUCACAGGAAGAGAAGUUAAGUAGACUUUUGUGUAUGUUAUAGACAGUCCUUCAAAAUUGCUUUUCGAUUGAUGAGAUUUUAAAUUCCCAUUACUAUAACUCCCAUGUGCUUUGCCUGUAACUCCGUGAUGCGGCGGCGCCUCUUUACAGUUUGUCGACAUACGCCCACCUUUAUAGCGCGCUGGUACCCGCGCUGAUUGGUACCGGGUUAGAUUAGUGUGAUGAGU